UCAAAGAAAGCAUGAAGGAAGUAGCGUAGCAACUAGCAAUAGCAAUUAGUAUUUAGCAACUAGCAAGUACCAAGUGGCAAGUAGCAACAGUCAACACAAUACACAUGAACUCGGCAUGGUAUUUUAAAUGAUGAAAAAUAAAUAGGUUGCAACUUGCAUUCUUAUUUCUUAAACUUGUGUAAACUGUAAGGUAUUUUAUAACAUAACUAGUGUGUGAAUUUUUUUUAAAUUGUAAUUCACAAAUCACAAGAUGCCUAAAUCAAAGCGCGAUAAAAAAGUUUCACUUACACAGACAAACAAAAAAGGUCUUCUUUUAAAACAGAAAAUGAUUGAGGAAGUUAGGUCUUGCCUAACAAAAUAUGAAAACGUUUUUGUUUUUUCUGUUGAUAAUAUGCGAAAUACAAAACUUAAGGAUUUACGACACCAAUGGAAGGAUUCCCGAUUCUUUUUUGGAAAGAAUAAAGUUAUGGCUGUAGCUCUAGGCCGAACAAAAAGUGAUGAAGUUGAUGAUCAAUUAAAUAUGCUAUCAAAAAAGUUAAAAGGACAAUGUGGCUUGUUAAUGACAAAUAGAGAUGUCAUAGAUGUACUGGAAUGGUUCAAAACUUUUGAUGAUGCAGAAUAUGCCAGGUCAGGCUUUAUAGCAACAAAAGAUGUUAUAUUACCCAAAGGACCACUUGAAGAUUUUUCCCAUACAAUAGAACCCCACCUCAGAAGACUAGGUCUUCCAACAUCAUUGGAACGUGGAGUUAUUCAUCUGAUAAAAGAGUAUCAGGUAUGCAAAAAAGGUACCCCAUUGACUCCAGAACAAGCAAGCAUACUGAAGCUGUUAGGUAUUCAAAUGGCAAAGUUUAAAGUUGUAAUGAAAUGUCAUUGGACUAAAGGUAAAGGUUUCUUCAAAGAUGUCGAUGUAUCAAGUGAUGAGGAAAUUACAGAUGGAGAAGAUAAUGAAAAUGAUGUUGAUAUGGAAAAUAAAACCUAGUUCAAAA